GCAUCUACUGUUACCCCAUACAAUUAUGGGAUAGAACCUCUAAAUGGUACAAACUUCUCAACAUGGAGAGAAUCUGUAAAACUCUCACUUGGCAUGAUGGACCUCGACCAAGCACUGAGAAUGGAUCCACCGGAUGCUCCUAACGCUGAGAGCACUGUGGAGCAGAAGCGUUCUUAUGAACAGUGGGAGAGGUCCAACAGAAUGUGCCUCAUGGUGAUCAAGAAUUCCAUAUCUGUAGCUAUUCGCGGAGCCAUUCCAGACUCAGAAAAUGAGAAAACCUACCUAGAAUAUGUGGAAGAACAGUUUAAGGGCACUUCUAAAGCACAUGCUAGUACCUUGAUUCUCAAAAUGUUGACGAGUAAGUAUGAUGGAGUGAGUGGUAUUCGUGAGCACAUCAUGAAAAUGUCUGAUAUGUCCAAUAAGCUCAAAAGUAUGGACAUGGAAAUAAGUGAAGGUUUCCUCGUUCAUUUCAUAAUGACUUCUCUACCUGCAUCUUAUGGUCCGUUCAAGAUCAAUUACAACACGCAGAAAGAGAAAUGGACAAUGAGCGAGUUGAUUGCUAUGUGCGUUCAAGAAGAAGAGCGCCUUAAAGUUGAAAGACCAGAUGUUGCUCAUCUCACCACCACAAACUCAAAGAAAAGGAAAGGCAAUCGUCAAGGAGGAGGAAAAGGUAACAUUUCUAAGGUCCCAAAGAUAGGUGCAAGCGUGAGCUCCGGUCCUUACUGUAAGUUUUGUCGCUUCAAAGGGCAUUACCAGAGGGAGUGCCCUAAGUUUAAGGCAUGGCUGACUAAGAAAGGGAUUCCAUUCAAUCCGGACAUUGGGAAGAAAGCAAAGAGUGAUUAAGGUGGGCAACGGAGAAGAAUUAGAAGUGGAGGCCAUUGGAAC